AUGUUGGAAACAAACUCCACUCCCUUUACACGGAACAUGGGUAUCCUGGAUCUUCCCGAUGAGCUUCUCCUAAGCAUAGGGGAAUAUGUCACCUCCGAGAGUGACCUGAACAGUCUCCACCAGGUCAACAAUCGAUUAUAUCGCAUCUUCGAUGAGUAUCGAUACAAAUACAACGCCAAACACCACGAAGGCCAUGCCCUCUACUGGGCAGCACGAUAUGGAAAUGCCACUACAGCCCGCAAGUCAGUCAUAGCCGGCACUUCUCUUGAUCCCCGACCAUGGCCGUUCACCUGGCUGAGGGAAUAUCCUUUCGACCGACACCCGUCGAUUAAAAAGCAUAAUCGAGGGGAAUACUGGGUUGAAGAUCCACUUACCCAAACCAUUAUGUGGAAUCAACCCGGGAUCACCAAAAUGCUGCUAGAACUCGGGGCUUAUCAGAAAUCGAUGGGUGUGAACAGCGCGGGCCAGCCAGAACGACUGAUUCUCUGGGCUGCAACUCGCAAUCGUGUUUCCGCCUUGAAGGAACUCUUGAGACACGGUGUGGAUGUCAACACGAAAAAUGAACUGGAGCGGACGGCGCUCAUUGUCGCGGCUCGUAAGGGAAAUUUCGAGACUGUGGAGGCUUUACUUGAAAAUGGAGCUGAUACUGAAGUGCCUAACAUGAGCACCGGCUGGAGACCCCUCCAUUGGGCAGCGCGGCUUGGCCAUUUGAGCGUUGUCAAGCUUCUGCUUGACUCGGGUGCGGAAAUUGACGCCCAGACGAGUCGUAGUCUUGACACACCGAUCCUGCUCGCGGCAAAACACCACGAAUUCGACGCACUCGAGAUACUUUUUGACAGAGGAGCAAACCUGGAAUUGGCCGGGAAGGAAAAUCGAACAGUCCUGUUCCAUGUGGUACGAAAGGGCAGCGAAAAUCUGACGAGGAAAUUUCUCGGCAGGGGUGCACGCCCUGAUAUAACAUGUCUCUUCGAGGCCCUGUCAGACUGGGAAAGAGACGAUCAUUAUGAACGAGCAAAGCUUUUGCUUGAAUACGGAGCAGAUCCAAACGCGCCUAUUCACACUCCGAAGGGCCCAAAAUAUCUGCUUCCAUGGGUGCUCAGGCAAUGGUAUCUUAACGUCUCUGUCAUUGAGCUCUUGUUGGAAUAUGGGGUAGACGUAAACAUCACAGGGCCUGGUUACUUUCCACCCCUCUUGUCUGUUGUUUUCGAUGUAAAUGCUUCAAAUGAGAAGGGCGAGACGCCGUUGUUGAUUUGUGCAGCGAAGGGGAAUGUGGGCAUUGCUGAGCUGUUAUUGAAUCAUGGCGCUGAUCCGAAUAUAAACGUCAAAGGGCAGAAUCUGCUCACACGGGCAGCCAAAUGGGGAAGCGGGGAUAUAAUCAAUCUAUUGAAUUCUUCUGAGAAAACAUGA